AUGGACCCUACGCCGCACACUGCCUCAGCCACGCCCUCUACCGAAAUAACGACACCCCGCUGGAAUGGACAGCCUGGGACCAAACGAUACCCCGCUCCGUCUUGGAGGGGUCGAUCCGGACCGACACCUGAUAUCGAAACUCGUCCACUCGGGCCGGUGCUGAUGGCUCUCACCCAGGCAGACCUUGAACUGCAAGAGCUUACCACCCUGCCUCCGACCAUAAUAGAUGCCAAAUAUGUAGCAUCAUAUAGCUGGCUGAACAAGAAAAGCCCAACAAUCGUAGUGCCUGGAGCACCCCCAGCCUGGACGCCCUUGGACAGCCCUCGGAAGCUCCGCGAAGACUCGGGCAAAUUCUUUAGAGAUCCAAAUGCUGCGAGGUUCGCGACUUACCCGACAGAGCCAGCCAUCCAGGCCCUAUUUAAAGAGCAUCCCGAGUUUCAGACUACGGAUAUCGACAUCUUCGGCUGCGGCAGCACUUUCGGGAACCUGUUGAGAUUUGCAUCUGGCGUAGACAAGCCAUUCCGAUUCAGCGUCGAGGUGAUUGGUAACACUGUCUUCUUCAUUCGUAAAGAGAACUCGCCAACUGAGCUCAUCCCGAAUGUGAGAGGAUAUGGCCACACCUUCCCCGAAAACUACACGACCUGGGCCUCGGAUGUUAAGGGAUCAGAGUCCCACCAGCGACUCAUCAAGUACAGCUUUGGUGGUUUCGACUGCGUGGUGCGCUUCGAGUGCGAUGGGUACUUACCCGAUCAUCCUGACGUCGCAACACGGAAAGCUGCAGCACCUGUAACAUUAGACCCCGCAUCUCUUGUUGACUCCUUCACAACUGCCUCCAUUAGUCCGACCCGUUCAGAGACUGCAGCAGAGCUCAAAGUCGAGACUGCAGGCUUCCGCAUGCCUCAGACCGCGAUUUUCGAUAUUAAAACGCGGUCCAACAGACACAGACCAGAAAUCGACAUGACCGAUGUCUACCCUCGUCUUUGGGUCACACAAACCCCCAACUUCAUCGUGGGUUACCACCACGGGGACGGUAUCUUCCGUGACAUCCGCCAGAAAGACAUCCGGCGCGAUCUUGCGGGUUGGGAGGAGGAGAAUGCAAACGCACUCACCCGCCUUGCAGCUCUUAUGCACAAGAUCGUCGAUUUUGCUAGGACUUCAUCCCAUGCGAAGUUCGAAGUCUACCGACCGGUUGCUGACCGUCUUGAGAUCCGAGAACAGCCAGAUGAAGGAAGAGAUGCUCUCCCCUCGGGCCUCAAGGCUAAGUGGGCGCAAGGACCGAAGGCCUUGGGUCGAAAGUCUGUUAAUGUAGCUAAUCCGUGGGAGGAUGGCGAGAAGUGUGCUAUCAGCAAGUCAUCGAGCGACAAGCUCGCAAAUGCACAGCCCACUUCUGAGAAGAUGACUGAAGCAACUUGGGGAAACGCAGAUGAGCAUGAAGUUGAUUAUACAGCAUGUUCCGAGAGCUGUGGAUACUGUGGUCACUGUACGUAUUGAUCAACGAGGAGGGCGGGAUUGGCAAUUACACAGCCUUGAACGCCUCCAGAAGGUGCAGAUGGACGAAUCGACUCAGGUUGCCACUACUAGCGUGUCAGUGGCGUUACAUCCUUCCAUAUCCGUAACAAGGGGGAACAGGGGAGUACCCCCCCCUUUCAUAGGCUAUAUAUACGGGCCUUAUGCCUCUUCAAAUCAACACAGAACUGCUUCUUCACAACCUGAGAAAUCGAGGAAUGAUGCGAAAAGGUAAAGAAACUGCUUUUCUCAAUGAUUCACUAGAAGGCUUGGACAAUUUGUAUGGAUAGCUAAUUUGGUCUGACUGAGGACGUCAAUCUACAUGCCCC